AUGGUUUCUGUAAUUGAAAGCAACGCCAGCCCAGAUUCUGCAUUUACAGUUGUACGAAUGGAGCCAUCAGACAUUUUGAGUCUGGCUGGUCAGUUUGUUGUGCAAUAUUACACCGUCAUGAAAAAGUGUCCAUCUGGAAUUCAUCGUUUCUAUAAGGAUGAUUCCUCUAUGAUACGCGAGGAUACCCCAGUAUGUGGUCAAAGAAUGAUUCACGAAAAAAUUAUGAGUAUGAAUCUCCAGGACUCACAAAUUGCUAUCCUGAAGUUAGACGCAUUACGUGCCAAUGGGAAUAGCGUACUGAUUCAUGUCGCUGGUGAAAUAAGUAUAGCCAAUGAAGAGUUCAGACGGUUCACCCAGUGCUUUAUCUUGAGGGAACAAGCCCCAUGCGACUUCUAUGUAUUAAAUGACAUAUUUCGAUAUCAAGAUUACGUUUACGGUGAUUUGAAAACUAAUGCGGAGACUAAUGAUGAUCACUUGGCAAAGGUAAAUGAAUAUAGUCCAUCUGAGAAUGUAUCACAUUGCUCGAUGCCUCAUUCGGCAAGAGACGAUCAUUCUCAUAGUUGGGAGGGUGUAUCUGAAGGAAACUACAAACAGACCAUCGAUGAAGUUCAAACAUGCAAUCCGGAGGUUAAACAAGACCAGUUAACUGUGGAUCACACAGUACCGCGUUCUUCUGCUUCACCAUCUCUUCAGCAGGAACUUGUAAACCAGUCUCAUACCAUCAGUUCUCCAACGAAUACAGCUGUUAAGUCUGGGCCUCCAAGUUGGGCACAAAUGGCAUCUAGGCAACCUCAUCAAGGUGUCUCAAAUACACAGGCACCCAAAGGUUUAAGGAAUAACGCCAACGUUUCGGAGUAUGAGACAUCGAACGAACGUCAUAGGGCGGGCUUGCGACCGCCUGUUGAUGGUACUCAAAGGGUUCGUAGUAUGGGGCCACGUCAGCAAGGUGAAUCACGAGGGAUUUCAGAAGUGAAUUACACACAAGACAACCGCGUUACUUCUCGAGGAAAUGCACCUAGAGGUUCAGGCUUUGGUGGGUCUUCUCGUGGUGGUGGCCGAGGUGGACGUGGUGGGUUGGGAAAUGGAUCUAUGGGUGGAAGAGGUUCUGGAGCAGUCAAUCCACGUAGAACAAGUUAA